AUGAAUUUAAGAAUUAAUAUUUUAGGUUCUUGUAGAGAAACACUUAAUAUUAUUUUACAAAAGCAACAAGAAAUAUUAAAUUAUUUGAAACAUGGUCAAUCAUUUAUGCAGCAAGAAAGAAAAUUAGAUCUUUUACCUAGUAUGCCAUUUAAUGAUAUAAAUGACUUUCUGGAUUUUGAUGAAUCAUUAACACAUGAAAAUGUGCAGGAUCAAUUUAUAAUAAAAUUAAAAAAAUUACUUGUCAGUACUGAACAAAAAUCAGUUUCAAAUAUUAUGUCUAGUAUCAUGACAAAUGAAUUAUGCAGAAUUAUUUCUUGGAUUGGAAUAAAAAAUACAAUUGCAUUUGGAACUACUAAUAUGGUCAGCUUAAUUAUAGAUUUGAUACAAGAGCAUCAUCAUCUUAAUAUAGAUAAUGGUAAAGCUCGUAUUGCGGAGUGGCUUCGUAGAUGUGGAGAUAGAAUAGGUAAUGAAAUUAGAAAAAAUAGAAAAAGAGUUCAACAAGGAUAUUCUACUUAAUAAAUAUAAA